AUGGAGGUCAGGUACAACCAAGAGACGGAAGGGAUGGGGCUGAGGAAUGGACUAAAGAAGGGGAAAGAUGACAAGGACUCCCAGGGCAGCUUGUCCAAAAGCUUCCUCAAGGAGCAGCCGGACUCCUUUUCCCCCUCUGGGACCGUGGACAACUGUGACAAGAACAGGGGGAGCACGGGGGACCCAGACUACUGUCGGAGAAUACUAGUCCGAGAUGCUAAGGGCUCUAUCAGAGAGAUUAUCUUGCCAAAGGGUUUGGAUUUGGACCGGCCCAAGCGAACCCGCACCUCUUUCACUGCAGAGCAGCUCUACCGGUUGGAGAUGGAGUUUCAGAGGUGCCAGUAUGUGGUUGGGAGGGAACGGACAGAACUGGCCCGUCAGCUCAAUCUGUCUGAAACUCAGGUGAAGGUCUGGUUCCAGAACCGGCGCACUAAGCAGAAAAAGGACCAGGGGAAGGACUCUGAGCUGCGUUCGGUGGUUUCAGAGACGGCAGCAACCUGCAGUGUCCUCAGACUACUGGAGCAGGGACGGCUGCUAACGCCUCCAGGCCUGCCAGGCCUCCUGCCCCACUGUGGCAGCGGCACACUGGGCUCCGCCCUGCGCCCUCCCUCCAUGACCAUGGUCAGCAACGGCAGCAGUAGCAACAGCAGCGGCGGCAGCACCGGCAGCGGGGGCAGCCCUCCACUACCCGCCGUCACCAGCUCAGGGACAGUGGCGGGCCUGCAGAGCUCGCCAGCGGCUCACGGCCUCUUCAGCUUUCCCAUGCCCUCCUUACUCAGUGGCGUCGCCUCCCGCAUUUCCUCCAACCCCCUGUCCAUGGCCGGCUCGCUUGCUGGCAACCUGCAGGAACUUUCCGCCCGCUACCUGAGUUCCUCUGCUUUUGAGCCUUACACGCGGACCAAUGGCAAAGAAUCCAUGGACAAGAAAAUUGUGGAAUGA